GGUUGCUGCGAGUGGAGACCCGAAGGGAUAUAGAUGGAAUCAAAGUUCCAUCGAUCUCCCUUUUACAUUCUUACAAGCUAGAUUACUAAACCAGAGAGAUAGAAGGAAGCAAUGUUCCUUCGAUCUUCUAGUUUAGUUGUACCAAGUAAUUGUUUCGUUUAAAAAGGGAUGAAGCUAUAUUGUGGGAUACGCGACGCGAUGUCGAUCAGCAGUGAUCGAUGCAAGGAACGAGAUACGCGACACGCGAACCGAGUAACUGGUAAAAAAAGUCAGCUCCGUUGCCUCUCGGCAAGUCCGAUCGAAGGGUAAGUGAAUCGACGCACCCGGCACAGAGGUUCCCCAUUUCUCCCACGCAUCCUGUUGGGAGCCAGAUGGACCCAACGCGGGACGGCUGACUGAGAGAGGGAGCGUGUGUCGGGGCUACCGCAGACAGGAACAGUCCCUGAUCCCCUCUGCGGCCGAAAUACGCUUUCUCUUGGAUCGUCUCGCCAGCGGACGGCAACUGACCCUUCGGAUCAGCUAAACGGCCCAUCACUUGCUUUCUACAUCGAAGCAGUGGUGACCGGAACGAGAAACGGGAGAACGGGUGAACAAGAAGCUGGUUGGUAAAGAAUUACUUGGCACAUACGCAGACGCAUACAUGGGAGUCGUCGAUGCUUAUAUCUAAUUUAAAUCUACCAAGCAAUUAUUUUGUUUAAAAAGGGAUGAAGGUAAAUUGUGGGAUACGCGACGCGAUGCUGAACCGUGCAGCGGAUGAACUGGACGAGAAGAAACGAGAGAACGAGUGAACGAGAAGCUAAGUUAAUAACUGCUUGGUAUCGCGGCCUUAAAAAUAAAUUUACGCAAUGUCCCGCGAUGUCCAACGAUGUCCCACGAUAAUAAAGGCCUGUAAGUAAUCUGAAACAAACUAAAGAAGGUGGCGGCAUUUACGAUUAGUUAAACAAUUAAAUAUAAUGAAUUGAUAAACACGAAGCCCCGAAAUAAAAUAAAUGGGCCCAGAGAAACCAGCGACGUAAAAUAGACACGGACAAGAGCACAGCAUGCAUAUAUGUACACCAAGCAACAUUAAGACAAGAAUAAAAUACGGGAACAAACACAUUUGCGAUCAAGGAGUCAGAGAAAUAAAAUAUGUAAGGAAUCCAGAGAAAUGAAAACGAGGUGAAACGAUAGAUUCAAGCCCAACAGACAUUUGAAUGUCGAAAAAGAAGUGAUAAAUUGGAGAUUGACAUAUCACUCACCACUGUGUCGAUAGUGGUCAAUGAAACAAAUUUGUACAUGCGAUAUAAAAUGUGCAUCGAACAAACCAAGGAAUAAGUAGCGAAAUAUGGAAGGAGACCAAAGAAGUAAAAGUAAAAUGAAACCCCACGUUCAAGCCCAACAGACGCUCGAAGGUUGGAAAAGAAAUUAGAAAAGGGAGAUUCGGAACUCGUUCUCUGCUGGUCACUAAUGGUCAGUAUUGGUCAGCAAAGGUGACCAGUGGUCAGUAGUGGUGAGAAAAGGUGGAGCGCAGAGCCACGGGGGUUCCGUCACGUCCGCCAGCGCCGAGAAAGAGAGAGAGAGUGAGUGAGAGAGUCACCGGUAGGUAGCCUCAGGUAGAAGAGUCGAAGGGGUGGGGAUGACCGUCCUUGGCGAGUUCACCAAUUAAUUGACGGUUAACCGUGCCUUUGACCGAAAAAUGAAUAUUCUACGCAAAAUGGUAUUAAAAACAAUUAUUUAUACAACCCACGCUAUCGAGCAUCAUUUUAACUAUUGCCUGAUGUUAAUUAAUAAUUAUUGCAAACAAUAGGUAUAAAAAUAUGGAGAAAUUUAUGAACCGUAGAUACGUAGAAAUUACGAAUACGCGUUACAGUGGCGUAAUUUCUAUCAAGAGACGUAAGUACAUACAAACAACCGACUACAUAUGAUACAAGCGAAAGAUAAAAUAAUUGUUAAGAAAAUAUAAUACGAGUCCAGUUAUAGCCUUAACGCAUCGACAACCGAUCGAAAUGUAUGUAUAGCAGAAACGUCGGGGUUUUGCAAUUAGUACGUUUCAAAAAUAAUUACAGCCUCCUUCCGGAGGUGAAACCUUUUAGUAGUCGAGAAGAAAUUCGUUGGCUUCGCAACCAAUAUAAAAGAUCUGUGCAGUUAUGGCAGCAAUAGUUUAUCGUCGUCUCUCGGAGCCUCUGUGAUUCUCGUAAUCGUCGAAAGAAAUUUCAGAAUAAACAUUAGUAUGUAAGUCGUUUCUUCUACAUAUACAGCGAGUCUCGCUCGAUCCAAGACCAAUUAAUUACACAAUUUUAGUGGUUUAAUUUGACGGAGAAUAUUGCAAAAUUUUACUACAGACACACUUGAGAGCGUUCGAAAUAAUUGGAAUAAAUUUAUUUAUUUAUUUUACGAAGCUAAAAGAAUUUAUUAUCUUUGGGAAAUUCAUUCUCCUGAUUUAACGAUAGAGUCUUGCUGUUUCUAUCCGAAACAGAGCUACUCUAUAAAUAUUAGACAACCCUAAACGUGAAAUUUUCUACAAAGGACAUCCUGGUUCGUCUCGAUCGUCGCCUUAAUUACAUUUAUGGAACUCGCGACGGGGAACACCUCUUCGAGCGUUGAAAGUCCUGUGAUGAUGACGCAUAAUUUUCCUGACGUGGUAAACGGCCAAAUCGCAAACGUUAUCUCUCUUGUUAUAUUUUUCAUCGAAUCUCGUUGAAUUUUAGAUGAAAACGAUAGAGGAUAAUCCAGACGACAGAGGGGUUAGAUUGUGUCAGAUAGAGUAUCAAAUGGUACGUUUCAUCUUUAAAACGUUUUAUACGAUGUACAUAAUGAACACGAUAUCUGUUUUAGACACGGAGAAGAGCUGGAAAGUGCGUGAAAAUAGGCCAUGGAAUGACCGGAUGUAUCUCCGGAGACUAUUUGAAUCCUUUUCAUCCGGACUGCUUCUGAGCAUAAACACCAUCUCUCGAACCGGCCGGGCAUUUCUUCUGCAUCCCGAUACUGUCUCGCGAUCUUAACUUGUGUUACCGAGUCUAUUAAAAUAGGUUUACCAAUUAAUAGAUAAAAAUAUAUCGUACCCCGUAUUCGUCGUAAUGGAUUAUUUAAACACUUUUUACACUUUCUUGAACACCGUAUUGUCCUUAAGGAAGAAAGAGGCGAUAAAUCUAAAUUGAUCACUGAUUGCGACCGCAAGGAAUUGUUUCACCUCCCACGAGUGGAUGUUAGGGACAACUGGAAGAAAUAUUCCACUCGAAAGACGAAUGGCCUGGAUCUCCGACACGUUCGAUCCUCGAUUAAGACAAAGUGGCUUUCGUAUAAAUUUCGUUAGAGGUUCGCGCGGUGCACGGUGGGGCUGUGCCGCUAUAAAGUCUUGGCAAAGUCGAGGAUGUCUGCAUGUUCAGGAUGGACGGGGUUCGAGCGUUGCCGAGCAUUUCUAUGGUCCUGCUAUUUUGCUUCUCUUCGUUCACCCAUGGAAGCCAUGGAACCGCCUUUCCAGACGAUUUCGAUCGAAAGAUAGAAACGCUGUACAAGGUAGUCGAUUACGUUUAUCGCAGACCCCAUCAAAUGAACGCCGACGUCACCUUAUCCAUCACGAUCGUCGAAGCUAACACAGCCUCCAUGUUUUCACACAAAAACAAGAAAUACCUGGGAGACGAACGCUACAGAAAGAUGCGAUCAAUUUUCAAUCGGUGCGUCGCGAUUCGGAAAUAUCUGCGCCGUAAUGUUGUGCCAAAAACCAAGGACAUGCAAGUGUUGCACGAAUCGUUGAGUAGACUUGGUCUCUGGCUGCGACAUAUUUGCUGGCAAAACGGCACCUUGAAGAAGAAGAGUCCGACCCCUGGAUUUACCGAGCAAGACGUUCUCGAUCUGGUGAUGCAAGGAACGCCGAAGGAAGAGGAGAGCGAUCGAUGUCUGGCUAAAAUCGUUCGGAACAAAUUAAACUCGAUCAAUGGAAUGCCAGAAACGUGCGUGGAGAUUUUGGAGAGAGACGAUCGCGUCAGAGGAUACCCACUCGUCCACAGAUUGUUCAUCAUCCAAGUUGCCAUGGCGACCGGAGUCGCGGUUAACGUCCCCUGCGAUCUGCUGGUCUUGUAUUGUUCCGCCAUUUUGCAAGAUCUGGUCGACAUCGAGGCGGCUGGUUUCCCUUUCAACACUCCGGAUUUAAUGAUGGAACAAGCUCUUUUGUGCGGAAUGGAAGGCUUCCUCGAGUUCACUGGGAAACGUUACGAGCGAUUGUUGAUGAGCUUCCCGCAUCCUAAUGGCUGUUUCAGUUCGUUCAGCCUGAUCGUUGGAAAUUUGUUUGCCAAAAACAGAUUUCCCGACAACCUGUCGCCGCACAUAGUCCGAAGAACAUCCUCGAAAACGGACUUUGACUGCGACAGCCAUACCACGGGUCUUGCGGCUGCGUUACUUUCCUUGUUCAUUCGCGAGAACAUGGAAAAUCUAUUACUAUAGACGUAAGACACGAUA